AUGUCGAGAAUACAACAAGGCAUUGCACAAGAGCAUCCAGAGUGGAUUUUACCAAGGCUUUGUCAGCAAAAUGCUAAUAAAACCGGUGUCUACGCAGCGAUUAUUGCUGGUCUGAUUGCGUUGCCAGUGGGUCGUCGUCUUGGAUUAGAUAAGAACAGAGCAUUAUUCUCUGCAUUAGGUGCUUCUGGUAUUGCGGGCUAUGUUACUGCAAAAUACACCUAUGCUCAUUGCGAGAAAACGUACGGCUUCUUCCAUGGCAUGGAGCAUGUUCAGCAAGAAAUUAAAAAACAGAGCGAAGAGAAGCACGAUGCAAGCGGUUCAGAAUUGCACUGA